UGUCAGUGCUGUGUGAGUGCGCGUGUGCCCCUGAGCUCGCUCGGCACAUUAUAUAAAAAAAUAAAAAUACAAAAAAAUUUCAAAAUAUAAAAAAAUACAAAAAACUUUUUUUUUUUUUCUUUUUUGUAACAAGUCGGUGAAGCUGGAAUAAUAAGACAUUCGUGGACCGGACGGUAACAGUAACGAGAGAGAGAGAAGGACUGCAAAAAAAGGGCGACGUGUUACCAGUUCAGAAGUGAAGCCCAAUAAAAAAAAAAAAAAACGUUUGCAUUUACUUUUACCUGCAUUCAAAUUGAAACCACCGUUUUAACCAAGUCAGAAGUUGCGUCAUUUUAGAAUAUUUACCUCGGACGUAUUUUACCGGCCGGCGAGUCUCGAGCCGCCGACAGACCGCUCCUUCUCCCGUUAGAAUAACGGAAAAGUUAUCCCCGCUGAUCCGCAGAGCCGAGCCCCCCCGGACCGCUGUUACCCCCGGACCGCAGAGAUGAACCCCAGCGCCCCCAGCUACCCCAUGGCCUCCCUGUACGUGGGGGACCUGCACCAGGACGUGACCGAGGCCAUGCUGUACGAGAAAUUCAGCCCCGCCGGAGCCAUCCUGUCCAUCCGGGUGUGCAGGGACAUGAUCACCCGCCGCUCGCUCGGAUACGCCUACGUCAACUUCCAGCAGCCGGCCGACGCGGAGCGCGCACUAGACACCAUGAACUUCGAUGUGAUCAAGGGCCGGCCGGUACGCAUCAUGUGGUCCCAGCGUGAUCCAUCACUGAGAAAAAGUGGCGUGGGAAACAUCUUCAUCAAGAAUCUUGACAAGUCCAUCGACAACAAGGCUCUUUAUGACACCUUCUCUGCAUUCGGCAACAUCCUGUCAUGUAAGGUGGUGUGUGACGAGAAUGGUUCCAAAGGCUACGGGUUUGUGCAUUUUGAGACUCAGGACGCAGCCGAACGAGCCAUUGAGAAAAUGAAUGGCAUGCUGCUCAAUGACCGGAAAGUAUUUGUGGGUCGCUUCAAGUCUCGCAAGGAGCGCGAGGCUGAGCUGGGCGCCCGGGCCAAAGAGUUCACGAACGUUUAUAUCAAGAACUUUGGUGACGACAUGGACGAUGAGAAGCUGAGGGAACUCUUCAGUAAGUAUGGAAAUGCCAUGAGUAUCCGAGUCAUGACUGACGAGAACGGGAAGUCUCGAGGGUUCGGGUUUGUCAGCUUUGAAAGGCACGAGGACGCCCAGAAGGCAGUGGAUGAAAUGAAUGGCAAGGAGCUGAAUGGCAAACCCAUCUACGUCGGCCGCGCCCAGAAGAAGGUGGAGCGGCAGACGGAGUUGAAGCGCAAAUUUGAGCAAAUGAAACAAGACCGCAUGACUCGUUACCAGGGUGUCAACUUAUAUGUGAAGAACCUUGAUGAUGGGAUUGAUGAUGAACGCCUGCGGAAGGAGUUCUCACCAUUUGGGACUAUAACCAGCGCCAAGGUGAUGAUGGAAGGCGGGCGCAGCAAAGGCUUUGGCUUCGUCUGCUUCUCGUCCCCAGAAGAAGCCACCAAAGCCGUGACGGAAAUGAACGGACGCAUCGUAGCCACCAAGCCACUGUACGUUGCCCUGGCCCAGAGGAAAGAGGAGCGUCAAGCCCACCUGACCAACCAGUACAUGCAGCGCAUGGCCAGCGUGCGCGCUGUGCCCAACCCCGUCAUCAACCCGUACCAGCCCGCCCCGCCCUCCGGAUACUUCAUGGCGGCCAUCCCUCAGGCCCAGAACCGCGCUACGUACUACCCCGCGGGGCAGAUGGCUCAGCUCCGGCCGAGCCCACGCUGGACCACUCAAGGCGUCCGGCCACAGCACUUUCAGAACAUGCCGGGUUCCAUGCGGCCCUCAGGCCCGCGCCCUCAGACCUUCAGUACGAUGCGGCCGGCCUCCCAGGUCCCCCGCAUGAUGUCCGCCCAGCGUGUCGCUCAGUCUGUGGGCCCCCGACCAGCCACUGCCGCCGCCGCCGCUGCAGCCACUCAAGUGCGUGGAGUGCCUCAGUACAAGUAUGCAACAGGAGUCCGUAAUCCCCAGCAGCACAUCACAGCUCAACCACAAGUCACCCUGCAGCAGCCUGCAGUCCAUGUUCAGGGACAGGAGCCUCUGACCGCCUCUAUGCUGGCUGCUGCUCCGCCGCAGGAACAGAAGCAGAUGCUGGGUGAACGUCUGUUCCCGCUGAUCCAGAACAUGCAUUCCAGCCUAGCAGGCAAGAUUACCGGCAUGCUGCUGGAAAUUGACAACUCUGAGCUGCUGCACAUGCUGGAGUCCCCCGAGUCUCUCAGCUCCAAGGUGGAUGAGGCGGUGGCGGUGCUGCAGGCUCACCAGGCCAAGGAGGCGGCCCAGAAGACUGUGACUAACUCAGCUGGUGUCCCGACUGUCUGAACCCAAGGAAUUAACAACCUUGGGACUAGCUUCACCGAUGGAGAAAAGUCUUUUGAAGAAAUUUAAAAUACACAAAACAAAGUAAAAAUGAGUAAAUGACAUUGACAAAAAAAUCAAAAAUAAAAACAAUGGAAAUGAGUCUCCAGCCAGGCCUGAUACGGAAAAUGAUAAACCUCCAAGCCUGGUUUGCCGAGUUAGAGAAAAUUUAAAAAAAGAGGAAAAAAAAUCAAAAUGAAAAAAAAAAGAUUUAGUUUGAGAGGGUUUUAGAGGGCGAAUGAUUGAAAGCAUUCCUUUUUGCCAUUUUAUCCCUUUUAAAUGUUUUGAGUGUUGGAGUUCCAGAAGCCUGCUAUUGUGAAAUUUCCCCUGCCCUUUGCUUGCUUGAAUAAAAGAUAUAAAAUAAUCAG